AGUUUCAUUGUUACGUACAAAAUUCUUCAGGCAGUAGUGACUGACAUUCAGUCCUCGGAAGGUUAGAUAUGGUGAUAGAAGAUGUUUCUCAAAUUCAGCUUCUGAAAAAGCCAUGCAUCUCUGUUAACCUCCCAAAAUGUAUGUUUUUGCCUUGGCUUACCAUACUACUCCUCUCAGCAAAUCUGGCUCUCUCUUCCUCCAUCGUCAAGUAUCUGCCCGGCUAUGAUGGUGAACUUCCAUUUAAACUGGAGACAGGAUACAUAAGCGUGGGAGAUUCUGAGCUGUUCUACUACUUCAUUGAGUCCCAAGGAAACCCACAAGAAGAUCCUCUUUUUCUUUGGCUGACAGGAGGCCCUGGCUGUUCCUCUUUCUGUGGACUUAUCUAUGAAAUUGGUCCUCUGGAAUUUGAUAUCAACAAUUACACUGGGGGCUUACCAAGAUUGGUAGAUUACCCGUAUGCAUGGACAAAGACAGCUAGCAUCAUAUUUUUAGAUGCACCUGUUGGCACUGGUUUCUCCUAUUCAACAACUCCAAAAGGCUGGCCUUCCUCAGAUUCAGAAUCAGCAGAACAGUCCUAUCAAUUCCUCCGGAAGUGGUUGGAUCUACACACACAAUAUCUCCCAGUUCAACUAUUUAUCGGUGGUGAUUCUUAUUCGGGCAUAAUUGUUCCAUUAGUGACAAAAAAAGUCUUAGAAGGUAUUGCAGCUGAUGUCGAGCCACGGAUGAACCUCAAAGGGUAUCUACUUGGGAGCCCAAGAACAGAUUCGGUUAUAGAUGAAAACUCAAAAAUAAUAUUUGCUCACCGGAUGGCAUUAAUAUCAGAUGAACUUUAUGAGCAACUCAGAACAAGUUGCAAUGAGAAUUAUGUGAAUGUUGAUCCAUCCAAUACCGAAUGUGUCAUGGCUCUUGCAUAUUAUGAAAAGUGCAUCAAGGAUCUGUUUCGUAAUGAUAUAUUGGAACCAAAGUGCGCUUUUGCAUCCCCAAAACUUUCUUCAGAACUCGACCGAAGAUCUCUCCAAGAAGAUCCUGCAGAUUUCAUUCUCUCGCCACCAAGAAUACCUGAAUAUUGGUGUCGGAAUUUUAAUUAUGUAUUAUCCUACAUCUGGUCAAAUGAUUUAAGGGUUCAAGAUGCUCUGCAAGUUCGAAAGGGUAGUAUUUUGGAUUGGAGUAGGUGCAACAAAAGCUUAUCAUACACAAAAGAUAUCCUGAGUGUGGUCGAUGUUCAUCGAUAUCUCAGCAAGCACCGAUUACAAGUCCUGGUAGAGAGUGGUGAUCGGGACAUGGUUGUUCCUUUUGUGGGCACAGAGUAUUGGAUAAAGUCUCUUAACCUGACUGUUAUCAACGACUGGCGACCUUGGUUUGUUGAUGGUCAAAUUGCAGGGUAUACAAGAAAGUAUUCAGAAAAUGGAUAUCGGUUAAUAUAUGCGACUGUAAAGGGGGGUGGUCAUACAGCUCCAGAGUACUACCGUAGAGAAUGUUACGAAAUGUUUCAACGGUGGGUUCAUUAUUACCCACUCUAAUUCCGAAUUCCUUGUUUCUUUGGAGCCUCUCGUACUUGUAACGUUGGAUCAACAACGUUAAACUUUUCAAAUAAGUUGCUUUAUUUGAGUUUAAGUUAAGAUCAUAUGUAACGAUAUAUCGUUCAAAUAUUAACUAUGUCUGCAUGGUGGACAAGCAUUUGAUUGAAAAUCACGAUUUAGA